AACCCUACCCUCUGCGCGAAGAUGUAGAACAGACAAUUAUCCAACUGAAGGAGAUGGACAUCGUCCACUCCCUGCGCUCCCAUUAUGCAUUCAAACUAAAGGUCAAAAAGGGCCUCUUUGCAGAGGAAGUUGAAGAACAAUUUAGAGCGCUUCAACCACUUGUCCUCAAGUAUAUAUUUAUCAGGGAAGGAUUUGGAAGAUGAUCCGUUUUGCAUGGAGGGUUGUGUUCCCUUCUUCAUGAGCCAUUCUGGUCCCACAACAAGGAAUAGCCGGGUAACUGCUAAUUUUAUGCGUUACCCCUGGCUCAUAAGGAAACCCACGGUUGGCUGGGAAGAGAAGAGAAAGCUCUUAGCUGGACGGCAGGCGUACCGACGGAACUUGCGGUACCGCGCGCCCGCAAAAAAACUUUACUCAACCUUCAGAAAAACUAAGAAGAGGCGCCAGCCAAAACACCGGCAGCCAAAACUAGAGGCAGGGGAUUCUCCGUAUACCGAGAAGACGAGAAGUCUGCGGCAAUCCCUCAAAAAAAAUUUCGAGUGCAAAAGAAGGUUGGAAGAACCAAAUGCUGCUGGUGCAGCUUCUCCUACCACCUCCCUUUCCGAGGAAUUUCCCCCACAACCUCUGAGGGAAGCUGUGCUGUUUUUUGCCGUCCAAAAGACUUUGCUACUUCGAGCACCUCCACUCAAGAUAUGUUGCCACGUAAUCACUGUGCCAUUGCUGGGGGUAAGUUAGUAAGCGAACGUUGUAUAGAAAAGAAAACAGUUUAAAUAAUCAUCUUUUUUUUAUCUUUCUGCAGUCACUCCAUUUACCCUCUCCUCUGCCUCUCCGGGUAAGUAAGUUAGAGUUAGGAAUGAUGCCUAAGGCUGUUUGUACGUUGUUUAGAACUAGGUAGAUGUACGCCAGACCACGUCUCGCGUAACAGGCUUCGCGAUAUCUCACGAAACACUGUUACGCUGCGACGCGCCUGGCAUACAUCUACCUAGGCCUGCGACGCUGACACCCAAGUCAGGCAAAAUGCAGAGUCGUAGAUAGGCCUUCGGCU